CACCUCGGCUCGCCGCUGCGGUUGCCGGGCACCUGUCACUCGGCCCUCCUUUUUUCUGUCGAUGCAGCUACUUGGUUAGCCGGCCCGUCGUCUACCGCCUGGCCCUGCUGCCCCGGCCAGGCCGCGACCGCUAUUGGACGCCGGCCGGCCGGCCUCGCUCGCGCGCGCCGCGGCGGCCUUUUUAACAGGACCUCGCCGCGAGCUCACGGGCUGCUGCUCUCGGCGGCGGCGGCGGCGGCGGCGGGGUAUAUAUCUAGGUAGGAUAGAUGGGGCGGCAGCCUUGCUGCGACAAGCUGGGGGUGAAGCGGGGGCCGUGGACGGCGGAGGAGGACCGGAAGCUCAUCAGCUUCAUCCUGAGCAACGGCCAUUGCUGCUGGCGCGCGGUGCCGAAGCUGGCCGGCCUGCUGCGCUGCGGCAAGAGCUGCCGCCUGCGCUGGACCAACUACCUCCGCCCGGACCUCAAGCGCGGCCUCCUCACCGACGCCGAGGAGCAGGUCGUCAUCGACCUCCACGCCAAGCUCGGCAACAGAUGGUCAAAGAUUGCUGCUAAGCUACCGGGAAGGACUGACAACGAGAUCAAGAACCACUGGAACACGCACAUCAAGAAGAAGCUGAUCAAGAUGGGCAUCGACCCGGUCACGCACGAGCCCCUCGACGGGAAGACCAGCAGCCCGGCCACAACCUCGCAGUCCGUCGUCACGGCGGAUUCAACCAAGUCCGACGAGGCGACCAAGCAGCAGAGCCCGCAGAGCGACGCCGUCAGGGACGACGUGUUGGCAGACGGUUCCAGCCCGACGGAAUCGAGCGCGAACACCGUUAGCACGGGCGGAAGCAGCAGCAGCAGUAGCCACGACCAGGACCCGCUGGUGAAGUGGCUCCUGGAAGAGGACCCGCCCACCGGCGACGAGCCGUGGCUCAACUUCACCGGCAGUGUCGACGUGGACGAGCUCAGCAGCAUUGCCGCCGGCGGUCCGGAGUUGCCGUGGGACGGCGCCACCGACUGGCUGCUCGACUACCAAGAUUUUGGAUUGGGGGACGACUCGAGCUUGGUCGAUGGCUACAUGAUCAACAGCUCAAACGGAGCAAACUAGCUAGCUACAGCCGGUGAAGAUGAUGAUGCAUCAGCUUGUGUUGCUACCAGUGUAGAUAAGUAAUAAAAAAACAUGCAUAUGGAGGUUGUGAAAGGUGAAAUGACCAGAUCGAAGGGUGAUCAAGAGUUCUUGCUCUCCUUGAUCGAUCCAACCAACGGCUGGGAUGCAUUUGAUGGGGGUGUAGUAGAGAGAGGCGUAUACGUAGAUUUAGCUGUGUUGCUUUUUUUUAUCCCUUUGAGGUUAAGGGGUUUGUGUUACUUGAAAGAUGUGUUUCUUCUCAAAGAGAAGUCGUAGAACUUCUUGCUGUUGUAUGUAUAUAUACAUGCUUGCAAUACAAAAUUGGUGGGUGGUUAGGUGCUGUAGUUA